AAAUGUAAAUUGCGAUUUGCGAAUGUGAUUGUGAAUGUACCUAUGUUUUGUUUUGUUUAAUUUUAAAUUUGGAAAUUGUAAAGUAUUAUCCAUAAAUAACAGUAACUGUAAAUUGUGAUAUUGAAAUUUAAGAUAGACUGAUCUAUCUAGUAUAAAUAAGUCACCGGUGUCUUCUUGUGAUAACUAUUAACUAGUUUUCUUUUUGUUAUUGACUUGUUGAUAAAAAUGGUUGUAGUUUCUUCCACUUUCUCGGUGCCGGUGGAGGGCGUGAUUCUGGAGACACCUUCAACGAAGUUAUUUAUGAACGAUCAGGAAUUAGGCACUGCCACUUUAUAUAUAACUGAACAUAAUGUCGUGUGGGGUGGAGGAGUUAGCGCUACCGGAGGACCAUCACCAACAAUAUCCCUGCUGUACCCCAACAUCUCCUUGCAUGCAGUUCAAAGAGAUCCAGUUAGAGCUCUAUACAUGGUUCUCAAUUAUGAGCUACGGUUGGCAAUGGACCUUCCCAGUGGUGAUGCCCCAGCAAGUCAUGAAGAUGAUGAAUUUGAUGCCAAUGAUGAACCCAUCACACAGUUAAGAUUUAUCCCGCCAAAUGACAAUGAUCUACAGUUGAUGUACUCAGCCAUGAGCCAGGGUCAAGCCCUUCAUCCAGAUCCUCAUGACAUUGAGGACGAGGACCCUUAUGUGGAUGGAGAGGAUUUAGAAGAUGAUGAAGAAUUUGAAGAUGCCGAAGAGAGUGAAGAUGCUGCAUCUCGUCUACAACACAUCAGGUUGGACAACGGAAACGGACAGUAUGAAGAUUGUGAAGAUCCUUCGAAUGAACAGAACUGAUAAAACGUUAUUUAGUAGUUUUUACAAAUAUUUUGCAAGGUUUUACAAUAAGUAUAUCCCCGACAACAAAAACGUUAUGGUUGUAAAUUCCUACUUGAAGUUGAGUUUCUUUUAUAUUUAUUGUUAAAAUAGAUUGGUCUAUUUUUAUACUGAUAAUGUCACAUAAAAUAUAUAUAUAUAUAUAUAUAUAUAUAUUAUUUCCAUCUUUUUAAAAUGAAAUUUUUGAGGAGCAUUAUUAUAUAAUGUAGUAAGAAAGUAUACCACUUUAGGGCAUUAAUUUUGAAAAUUGUAACUAGAAUGAGAAAAUUGAUUACGGAUUCAUUUGCCAUGAUAUAAUAUUUAGAAUUGUCAAUUAAUAUUUAGUACCGCUGAAUCUUCUCGAAUAAAUUAAUUGUGUAGGAAACCACACAAUGAAUUUAUUCUACUUACUAUGCCGAAAGGCAUAUCAAAUAGACAGUUAUCUGUGGCAGGCUCCUCUGCACAGGAUGCUAAAUUAUGGGUACCACAACGGCGCCUAUUCUGCCGUGAAGCAGUAAUGUGUAAUCAUUAUUGGUUCGGUCGGAUUGGCGCCGUAACUAGUGAAAUUUACUCAAGGUGACGUUUUGAGUUUUUCAAGAAUCCUGAACGGCACUGCAUAGUAAUUGGCAGGGUGUAUCAACCUUCAGCUGAAAGUCCUGCUCGUUUCGUCCUUUAUUGUCAUAAAAAAUACACUUGCGUUUUAUUUUUUGUCAGUGCAGGUGGUAUCUUUUGCAGACACUCUAUAUCCACUAUUCCACGUAUUGGAGACAGCUAUUAACGCUUUUUCCGAUGUUUUACACAACUGGGGACAGUGAGUUAGUUGCACUGCUAAUUUUGAUCCCAACUUGAGGGGUAUUUGGCUAUUAUAAUGUAUUCAUACUUUAGCGUUAAUACAUAGAAGAUUAUAUGUACGUUAUAUUAGUUAUUUAUGCAACUGUUGUGUUAUAGUAUUAAAACGCGAAUGAGAGUUUAUAAUAAUAAUAGUAUCACACACUAAUUAUCAACAGUUGCAUACCAGACUUUAUCUACACCCAUAGUAUGAAUCCUGUAUAAAAGAUUCUGAAACAUUUAGCUUACUGCUAACAUUAAAACAGCCAGUAACCAUAAUAUCAUCCAAACGAGUGUUGUAAUGUUGUACUGAAUUUUAUUACAACACUCGUUUGGAUGAUGUAAUGGUUAUAACUGUUUUAGGAUCUUUAACAGAGGAUUUAAAGCACGGGUGUAGAUAAAUGUUUUAACACAACAGUCUUGAGCAAUUAUUAACAUUAUUGUUAUAUUGUAUAAUAAUUUCUGUUAGAGGGUAGUUCCGACUUUUGGUUUAACUGUUUUGAAGUGAAGCAGGAAUUUGUGUUUAAGUAUUACUUGUAAUGCACCAAGAUUGAGUAUAAGCCUGUAUUCUAAAUACUUAGAAGUAAUGACUUUUAAUAAAUUUAAUUAUAAA